UUUUGGCUGGAUCGGCAGGAAUGCCUCCUCCUCGCGGGAAAUCGCAAGAACUGGUAAGAAAUAUUUCCACCAGGUAUAAACCCUAAACGAAGGCCUAUUGGAAUGCAUGCUUGUGGCGAUGGCGCUCUAAAUGCCGCUGGCGACUGGCGCUACAAGGGAGAAGGCGCAUCCAAUGUUGUGCUCGACUAUCGUGGAUCGGAUUCACAGCUCCUUGGAACAGUGCUGAGGAUCCGGAAGGCGCCACUGCGAGAGAAUGGAGGGGGGUGCGCUCCUGUUCUCUCCGAUCUGGAGAGAAAUCUCUGGAAAGAUUGGCCUGCCGUGGCGUCCUCGAGCAACGAAGAGGAAUUGCGCCACGUAUACGUGAGAGAUGUGAUGCGGCCAUUGCUGGGUGAGGACUACGUUGAUUCCGGGGUAAUCGUCCCAGUGUCGAGAAAGUUUUUGGAGGACGUUUCUCAACACAUUCGAGCAAAUCGACCAGCAUGGAGAGCUGAGGAAGCCGACCUGGAUUUUUCCAGCAAGAACGUUCUUGCCGUGUGCGACCACACCUUGUUUCCAGGCGUGAGAGCGAAUGAAUCCGACUCUCCCACCUUGUCUAUCGAGAUAAAGCCCAAGUGGGGAUACUUGCCACAGUCCGAUGCCAUUUCAACCGAAAAUCACGUGAAGAAGGUGGUUUCCCGCUUCGCAAUGCACCAGCUUCUCAAGUUCGUUCAAGGCAAGAUACGAAGCUCUAGCUCUUACUGCCCGCUUGACCUCUUUUCUGGAACGCGCGAUGGAAUAAUCAAGGCUUUGAACGCCUUGUUCAAGAGUCCUCAGAACAACUUACGGGUUUUCAAAGACGGCAACAGGAUCUUCACUGGAAGUGUAGACGGUGCACAGGACUCGACUGACAGCAGUGCGAGCCGUGAUCUUCUAGAAAGAUCUCUGGUGGACUUCACGGAUUCUGUGACGGGCCAAAGGUUGGACGUACUCGAGAAGCUGAUAGCGGAGAUCUUGCACAGCAGCGAGACCCUGAGGAAGCUGUUGCAGACACAACAGCUUGACAGUUUGGACAUUGAAGGCGUCAUACACCUGUACUAUAGCUUCGUGGGGUUGCACUGCCCGGAGUGUGGAUCCGACAAAACAGGAUGCUCCAUCGAUUCGGACGUUGACAAGCGAUCCGUUUUAUUCGCAAGCCCCCACUCCAUGCCAGCUGAUGAGCAAAGACGAAAUCUCUGCAAGUUUCUUAUAGCCGCCACUGCGAAGGAUUGCAGCCUCAUGGUCACCUUAAAGCCGCUUGACGAUUCCAUCGUUGCGUCGUCCGUGACCAGGAGCAUCAUCUCUUGUCCAACGACUGGAAGAUCUUACGUCUACAAGAUAUCAUUCUUGGACCUGGAUUUGAAGCGGCUGGACAAGAUCCCUCACUACUUUCGCUUGGACCAAAGCAUUGUCAAGUUCUACGCAGAGCACACUACAUGAGACUGGGCCAGUCGAAUCUUUGAAUAACUGUGAGUUUUGGACGACCUUCUCA